UAUUUUGUGCAUAUACAAGCAAACACAUAUAUGUAAGUUUUUAAGUGAAUAGAGCUCCCUUUUUUAUGCAAAUGAAAGCAUAGUAUACACAUCAUGCUGUACCUUGCUAUUACACUAACUGUAUUUUGGAGAUUGUUCAGUAGCAGUCUGUAGAGAACUUUGUCAUUUUUGUAACUGCUAUAUAGUUUUUCAUGGAAUGAUGCAUUUUCAUAGUAUGUUCAUGGAUAUUUUCAUUUCCAUUAUUAUAAAGAAUAUUGCAAGGAAUGAUAGGUUAGAGGAUAUAUAGUACUGAGGAUUCUAUUCAUAACUGUUGAAUUGCUGCUUUAAAGGGAAUAUACAAGUAUGAUUUUAGUAGUAUCCUCAUUUGCCCCCCAUAGAUGUUGUGCCAAUUUAUAUUCCUACCACAAGUGUAUUGAGAGCACCUAUUUCCCUACAAUCUCAAUAAAACUAGUGUGUUAUCAAACUUUUGGGUCUUUCUUAAUCUGUUAGGUGAAAAAUGAUACUGUAGUGUACUUUUAAAAAUAAACUUUAAUUUUUAAACAAUUUUAGUUACAGAAAGGUUGCAUAGUACAAAGUUCCACAUAUCUGCAACUCAGUUUCCCUUGCAUAACUCUGAUACAUUUGUCACAGCUAAUGAACCUGUUAUUAACUAAAGAGCAUAGUUUGUUCACAUUUCCUUAGUUUUUACCUCAUGUCUUUUUUUCUGUUCCAGGAUCCCAUCCAAGAUACUGCAUUACUUUAGAGUCAUCAUGACUCCUUUGAUUCCUUUUGGCUAUACAGAUUCUCUUAUUUUUGAUGACCUUGCUAGUUUUAAGGAGUACUGGUAGUCAGUGUACUUUAAAAUUUGUGAAAUUGGACAUCUUUUUAUACACUUAAAGACAUUUGCAUUUCCAUUUCUGGGAAGUAAGAGCCCAUGCUUUUAACCACUAUACUAUACCUCUUUCUUGAUUCACCAUAAUUAUCAAUAAAACAUUUGUGGGUCUGAAUACACACAGACUUCUGAUUUUGAGUGGAAAAAACUCCCAAGUAUCUGUUAUAGAUAGAGGAGAACCAUUAGUACAGGUGAUAUAUAGUCAGACUCAUGUCUGAUGACUCUGGCUACAACGUGAAGAAUGAAGCAGAGGCUCGACUGUAAAUGGUAGAUAGGCUGGAUAAAUCCUUGAAAGAAAAGCAGUGUUGAUGAGAAGUUUAAGGGAAAUACAGAAAAUCCAGGAAUUAGUGGUAAUGGAUGAGAGAAUCAAGAAGUCAAAGGUGACUCAGCUUUAUGAGCUGGAUAUUUUGCGUCUUCUCUUGAACCUAGAUGAGAAAUUCAAGAUAAAUAUUUGGACAAUGUUCAGCAUACCUGUCACUCGAGACCUACUUUCUCUUUCUGUUGCUGUAGCUCUGUGCUACUACAAUUCCCAGAGCCCCAUGCUUCGUCACAAUCCCCUUAGAGUCUGCCGCGCGGAGUUCUGGGAGUUGAGGUCCGCGGCCUGUUUACCGAAGUUACAGAUAGUGGCCUGUGGAAACAUGAAGAGGGUCAACAGCUGUGUGAAGAGUGAUGAGCAUGUCCUGGAGGAGCUGGAAACAGAAGGGGAGAGACAGCUGAAAAGCCUCCUUCAGCAUCAACUUGAUACUUCUGUCUCUAUUGAAGAAUGUAUGUCUAAGAAAGAGAGCUUUGCUCCUGGUACUAUGUACAAACCCUUUGGGAAGGAAGCAGCUGGGACUAUGACUUUGUCCCAGUUCCAGACACUACAUGAGAAGGACCAGGAAACUGCUUCUCUCAGGGAAUUAGGGCUUAAUGAAACAGAAAUCUUGAUCUGGAAGAGCCAUGUUACAGGUGAAAAGAAAACGAGACUGAGGGCAACUCCUGAAGCAAUACAGAACCGUCUUCAAGAUAUUGAAGAAAGGAUCUCGGAGCGUCAGCGCAUUCUUUGCCUGCCACAGAGAUUUGCAAAGAGCAAACAGCUGACCCGGCGAGAAAUGGAAAUAGAAAAGUCUUUAUUUCAGGGAGCUGAUCGUCACUCCUUCCUUAAGGCUCUUUAUUACCAAGCAUACCACAAAAAGACAAGUGCAGACAAGUACAUGACCUCAAUGAAGAGGAAGAUAAAAUUAGGCACAAAAGAUGAACCCCAAAAGAAGAACAAAGGUGAUCCCAUGAACAACCUGGAAAGUUUUUAUCAAGAGAUGAUAAUGAAAAAACGUCUUGAAGAGUUCCAACUUAUGAGAGGUGAACCCUUUGCUUCCCACUCACUGGUCUCAGCUCCAUCAGUGGGUGAUAGUGGCACAGCUGAGAACCCAUCAUUACUCGAGGACAAGGGAAAACAGGCAGCACAGGGUAAAGGUCCCAGUCUCCAUGUGGCAAAAGUUAUUGAUUUUUCACCUGAGCAGUGUUGGACUGGGCCUAAGAAGCUGACGCAGCCAAUAGAAUUUGUCCCAGAAGAUGAAAUCCAGAGAAAUCGUUUGUCAGAGGAAGAGAUCCGAAAAAUUCCUAUGUUUUCUUCAUAUAAUCCAGGGGAACCAAACAAGGUGUUAUACCUGAAGAAUCUUAGCCCUCGGGUGACUGAAAGAGAUCUUGUGUCAUUGUUCGCUCGGUUCCAGGAGAAAAAAGGACCUCCAAUUCAAUUCCGAAUGAUGACUGGACGAAUGAGGGGCCAGGCUUUCAUCACCUUUCCCAAUGAGGAGAUAGCAUGGCAAGCAUUGCAUCUAGUAAAUGGAUAUAAACUACGUGGGAAAAUACUGGUGAUAGAGUUUGGAAAGAACAAAAAGCAACGGUCAAAUCUCCAAGCUACUUCUCUCGUAUCAUGUGCUACAGGUAGCACUACAGAAAUAAGUGGUAGCUAGAAUAGAUAUAGAUUGUGGGUCUUGGAUGGUCUUUCUUGUGCUGGAAUCUUGGAUCUAGGAUUUAUGUAUAGACAUCAGCUUGUUUGGAGUUGAAGAGGAAAAACUAACUGAGGGAGGGGAAAAAAGUAAUUCAGGAAACCCCUUUCAACUUUUGGAAAGAACUAGUAGAAAACAUUUUCUAUUAUAUAAUCGAAAACUAUAUGGGACAGAUGAUAUGCUGAGUAUUAACGGUAGAGUGCUAAGAGUAUUAUUUUCUCAGGAUAAUUACAAGGGAUUAUUCCUAAGGAUUUUUUAAAAUCUUUAUAAUUUUUCUGGGGUCCUCAAUAUUUGUCCCUAGGGAUAACAUUCUUUCUUAGACUGCUUCCUAUAUACAGAAAUAAAAAACUAAUUGAAUGUUGAAAUAUUUCUUUACUAGAGCCCAUUUGUCCAUAUUUCAUCCACCUAGUAAAUAAAAGAGCAGGACCCCAGGCCUAAGCUUCAACAAAUGCUAUUAAGUCAGAACUCUCAUCAGUAAUAGUAGGUAGUUUCAUAAGUCAGUUGACAUAUUUAAUGAAUGCUUCCUCCACAAGUUACCAGUCUUCAAAAAGCUAUAUAUUUUUCUAGUGAAAUCUUUUAGAUCAAAAUGUUGGUGUUCUCAUAGCCAUUUAAGCUAGCAACCAUUGAUUAAUCAUUGAAUUCAAAGCAAUAAACAUUGAUUAAGUGUCUAAUAUAUGUUAAAUAUUAGGCAUAUGAAUUUUAGAAGAGGAACAUACUAGCAAAGAAUACCAAAGGGAAGUGGGAAGAAAGAGUCCUCUAGAUAGAUGCCAUUCACAAAUCCCCCAGUUGUUUUUUAUGGUUUCUGGAAAAUAAAAAGAUAAUAUAUAUAGAGGAAGUAGUACAAACUGGAGUCAGACCUGUACAGCCACUCUUAACAUUCAGUGACCUUGGCAAGUCACUUAAUUUGAGCCUCGCUUUCUUCAUCUGUAAAGUGAGGAUAGUAAUGCUACUUACCUCAUUGGGUUGUGAAGAUGAACUGAGAUAUUAUCCAGACUGAAGAACAGAAAGAAAAAAAUGAAUAAAAUUGAGCAAGAGUAUAGAACCUGUGUGACACCAUUAAGCAUUCCUACAUAUUUGUAAUGGGAGUACAGGAAAAAAGGAAGAGAAAAGAAGGAGCAGAAAAAUAUUCUAAGGAAUAAUGGCUAUAAAUACCCCCAAUUUGAUGAGAGACAUUAACCUAUACAUCCCAGAAGAAAAAAGAAAUUACAAACAGAUACAUCAUAAGAAAAAUGCGAAAACCCAAAAAUAAAAUCUUGACAGCAAUACGAGAAAAAUGAGCCAUCACUUACCAAGGAACUCAAAUAAAAUUAACAAUUGACAUCUCCUCAGAAACAGUGGCAGUGGCAGUGGAAUAACACAUUCAAAGCGUUCAAAGAAAAUAACUGUCAACCAAUAAUCCUAUAUACAUUAAAAUUAUUUUUCAAAAAUGAAGGUGAAAUAAAACAUCUCACAUAAUCAAAAACUAAGAGAGUUUGUUGCUGGCAGACUUGACUUACUGGAAAUACAAAAGGAAGUUCUUCGGGCUGAAAGCAAGUGACCUCAGACAGCAAUCUGAAUCUACGCACAUGCAGCAAAAGAGCACAGGCAAAAAUAAUUAUGUAAUUAUCAGAAACAAUCUAUGCAUUUUUUUUCUCUUAACUAAUGUAAAAAGCAAUUAUAUAAAACAAUAUGUAUAUAGUUGCAUUGUUUGGCCUAUAACAUAUAAAAUAUAUAUUUGCGAAUAACAGGGCAAAGAAGCUGAGUAGAAGCAAAACUUGUUGUACUAAAGAGCUGAUUCCAGAUGGUAACACAAAUCAAUAGGAACAAAUGGAGAGAACGUGAAAUAGGAAAUAAGUUUAAUAUAAAAAAAUCUAUAAACAUUCUUCUCUCAGCUUGUUUUAAAGAUGUAAAAUUAUAUUAAGUAAUUAUAAUAAUGUGUGUUAGGUUUAUAAUGUAUAGAAAUAACAUGUAUAACAAUAAUACCACAAAGAGGGAGUGGGUUUAUAUAGGAAUAGGAUUGUUACUUUGGAAUUAAGUUAGUAUUUAUCUGAAUCCUGUUAGUUUAGUUAAGAUGUGUAUGGUAAGCCCUAGAGCAACCACUAAGGUAAUAUAUUUAAAAAAAUAAAAAAUAUUAUUAACCAAAUGUAAAUAUCACACUAUGAAAUACUCAAUGCAAAAGAAGGAAUGGAGAAGCAAAAAGCUUGAGGCACAUUGAAAACAAACAGUAAAAUGGCAGUCGUAAAUCUUCAUAUAUCAAAAUAACAGUAAAUAUGCAUGGAUUCAGCAAUUUAUCAAAAGGCAGAGAUUGUCAGAACAAGUCUGAUUCUACUUCAUGCCAUCUAUCAGAGACACACUUUAGAUUAGAAGAUAGAAAGAGAUUAAAGGUAAAAGGCUGGAAAGCAAAUACACCACACAAAGCCAUAAGAAAGCUAGAGUGGCUAUUCUAAUACCAGACAAAAUAGACUUAAAAAGAUGUUAUUAGAGAUAAAGAGUAAAAUUUUUAUAUGAUAAAAGGGUCAAUCCAUCAGUGAGAUGUAACAACCAUAAAUAUUUAUGCGCCUAACAGCAGAUCCCAAAAUACAUGAAGCAAACACUGAAAGAAAGGAGGAAAUAGAUAAGUCCAUAAAAAGAGUUGGAAUAUUCAAUACCCCUUUUUCAAUAAUAGAGCACCUAGACAGAAGAUAAACUAGGAAAUAGAAAACUUGAACAACAUUAUAAGGCAAAUUGACCUAAAAGACAUCUGUAGAACUUUCCACCCAACAUCAGAAUAUAUAUGAAACAUAGGUAUAAUACAUCAACAUCAGAAUGCAUAUGAAACAUCUCCAAAGUAGGCCAUAAGUUUAAGCAUAAAACAAGCCUUAAUAAAUAUAAGUGGACUGAAAUCGUGUAAAACAUGUUCUCUGACCACAUGGGAUGAAGUUAGAAAACAAUAACAGAAAGUUGGGAAAUUCACAAAUAUGUGGAAAUCAGACACACUUGUAAGUGACUGGCUGCAUGCAGUAGCUCAUGCCUGGAAUCUCAGCACUUUGCCAGGCUGAAGUGGGAGGAUCCCUUGGAUCCCUUCAGGCCAGGAAUUGAGGACCAGCCUGGGCAACACAGCAAGACCCUGUUUCUAAAAAACAAAAGAACAACAACAACAAAAAAUGACCAAUGCAUCAAAGAAAAAAAUCAUAAAGGAAAUUACAAAAUUCUUUGAGAUGAAUGAUAAUGAAGACACAACAAACCGAAACUUACAAGAUGCAGCUUAAGUGAUGUUUGCAGUGUAAUUUAUAGUUAUAAAUGCCUAUACUUAAGAAGAAAGAUCAUAACACUAAUCUCACUUUACACCUUAAGACCCUGGAAAAAGAAGAGCAAACUAAACCUAGAGCCAGGAGAAAGAAGGAAAUACAAAAGAUUAGAUGAGAACAAGUGAAAUAGAGUAAAAAAAAAAGUAGAGAAAAAUCAGUGAAACCUAAAGUUGAUUCUGUGAAAAGAUCAAUAAAACUGACACACCUUCUGCUAGAUUGACCAGGAAAAAAGGAGAAUCAAAUUACUGAAAUCAGAAAUAAAGGAGGGAACGUUUCUACUGACCUUGUAGAAAUAAAAAAGAUUAUGAAAGCAUAUUAUGAAUAAUUUUAUGUCAAUAAAUUAUCCUAGAUGAGGUGAACAAAUUCCUAGGAAGAUACAAACUACCGAAACCAAUAUAGAAAUAGAAAAUUUGAAUAAACCCGUAUCAAGUAAAUAGGUUAAAUGAGUAUUUUAAAAGAUACCCAUAAAGAAGACCCCAGGCUCAAAUGGCUUCUUAAAUGAAUUCUAAAAAAGUUUUCAUGAAAAAUAAUACAAGUUCUUCACAAACUCUCAAAAAGUAGAAGAGCAGGGAACACUUCUGGAAGAACUCAGAAUAUGCCCAGUGCAAGAAGACAGUCACAAAAGACUACAUAUUAUAUGAUACUAUUUCUAUGAAGUAUCCAGAAUUGGCAAAUAUAUAGAGAUAGAAAGUGGAUUAGUGGUUGCUUAGGGCUGACACAGAGCUUGGGGGAAUGGGAAGGGCUGGGGGUAAUAGCUGAAGUGUAUGAAGUUUCUUUAGAGGUUGAUGAAAAUGUUCUAAAAUUGAUUGUGGUGAUUUCACAACUCUGAAUAUACUAAAAACCAGGAAUUGUGCAAUUUAAAUGGGUGAAUUGUGUGGUGUAUUAAUUAUAUCUCAAUAAAACUCUCAAAAGUAGGGAUGUCCAUUGGUAGGAAAAUGGGUAAAUGACUUACAACACAUCUAUUUAGUACAAUACUAUGCAGCUAUUAAAAUAGUGAAGUGUAUCUAUGAAUAUAUUAUGACCUGUACUCAUGUCCAAGGUUGUGUUUUAAGUUAAAAAACAAGAUGCAGAAAUA